ACAGCUAUCGGAAGUAUUUGUAAACAUGGAGCUUGGUAAUACAAAUUUGUUCUUUAUUUUGCUGCCUCAUAUUUUGUGAUAAUCGGGAGGAAAUUUACUACGAAUAAUAUGAAUCCCAAGAUGUAUAGCUAUCGACAGAUGAUUGCGUGUAGGCUGUCGCAAAUAACUGGUCGAAUAGCGGGAAACUUCAAAAUAAAUUUAUGUGUUUCGAAAAUCUCUCAAGACCCUGAAAUACAAUUGUUUCUUGAGCCAAAUUUACUCAACACUGAAUCCAAUUGUAACCGCUGUAUCCGAUCUCUGGCCAAUUUAGAAACGGAUAUAGAAGAUGUGCGUUUGGACAGGAAUGAAAAUAAAAUAGUGUUACGACUUCAUCGUCAAAAAUUUAUUCAAAGCGCUUUUCAUGAUUUUACCUACAGUAGAUUAAAGCUAUACAAACGCCCGAAAACAUCAAUAGAGUUCAGUUCUCCCAAUAUUGCGAAACCUUUCCAUGCUGGACAUUUACGAUCAACAAUAAUAGGCAAUUUCCUUGCAAAUCUGUACGAUCAUUUAGGUCAUCAGGUUACGAAGAUAAACUAUUUGGGAGAUUGGGGAACACAUAUGGGCUACUUGAAGCUGGGUGUUGAUUUAAAAAACUUGACCGAAAAUGAAAUCAAACAAAAUCCCAUCGAAAAAUUACGCCAAGCCUAUGUGCAUGCGUAUAAGCAAGCAGAAUACGAUGAAGAACUUCAUUCAAAAGCCAAGCAAAUUUUCUGUGAUUUGGAGAAUGCAGAAAGUAAUACUUUACAUUCUUGGGACAACUUUCGAACCUACGCGGUGAAUGAAUUAGAACGAAUGUAUAAACGACUAGGAAUAUCAUUCGAUUAUUAUUAUUGGGAGUCUCAGUAUAGAGCCAACAAUAUAUCGGAUGUUAUAUCUCUAUUAGAAAGCAGGAAUCUACUUCACACCCAACAUGACGGCAGUCGAACUAUCAAGGUUGAGAACCGUGUUGUACCGAUGAUGAAGUCAGAUGGAUCAACAUUGUACCUAACGAGAGAUGUAGCAGCACUGAUCGAUCGUCAACAGAGGUUUAAUUUUGAUAACAUAAUGUAUGUUGUAGAUAAUGGACAAAGUGAUCAUUUCAAUGCACUUGUGUCGAUUGCACACCAGUUAAACUUACCGUGCGCAUCUAAAAUAAGUCAUGUGAAGUUCGGAAGAGUGCUCGGGAUGAGCACAAGGAAAGGAACUUCGGUGCUUCUCGAUGAUAUACUGGAUGAAGCAGACUCACUCAUGAAGAACAAACAACUGAACACUAAAACUACUAAAAUCGAUGUACAUCGGAACCCGGAAGUGUCUGCAAUACUAGGAACGACUGCCGUAAUCAUUAAUGAUUUGAAGCAGCAAAGAAUGCGUAAUUACGAUUUCAACUGGGAUAAGGCAUUACAAGUGGAAGGUGAUAGUGGCAUAAAAUUACAAUAUACACAUUGUCGUUUAUGGAGCCUGCAGCAAAAUGUCGAAUCUACGAAUCAGACUGAAUGCAUACCAGAAAUGUUUCCAGAGAAAGAGGCAUUAGAUUUGAUUUGUACUAUCGUAAAAUUUGGUGAUAUAUUAGUAGAAUCGGAAGAAAAACGGGAGGCAUGCGUUUUGGUGAACUAUCUUUUUGGAUUGUGUAACGCUAUAAAUCGUGCUAUGCGAGUCCUUCAUGUGAAAAAUGAACCAUACAGAGAGAAACAGAUUCAACGAUUGCAGCUCUUUGUUCUGGCACGGAAGGUCCUGCAACGUGGGAUGGAAAUUCUAGGAUUGAAACCAUUGUUGAAUAUGUAAUUUUGGGUUUAUUCGUAUCAAGCAUUUGUUUCGUAGGAAUAAAAUUGAUAGCUUAAUACAUUUCAUCGCUUUUUCCACGUGUACUUUCUGCGGGCCCCAGCCUGUCCGGGUUUCUUUCGCUCCCUUCGACGAUAGUCGCGUUGCAACAAUCCGGCUUGAAGCAGAAGAAAAAUUCAUAUUGAUAGGUUGUAACGAAGGACAUGAAAUACUUACCUAUUCUCAUUCGAUCAAUGGUUUCUGUGUCGAGAAAACUGCGCAACGCCAUGGAGAUUCCCCAACGAAUCGCUCCAGCUUGCCCAGAUGAACCUCCUCCUUGAACGUUGCUCACGAUGUCAACUUUGUUAAUCAUGUUGGUAAACACAAGAGGAAAUAGUACCUAGAAGUGUAAAUUUGUC